AUGGGAAAUGAUACCACCUCCGUCACAGAGUUCAUCCUCCUGGGAUUCCUUCUUAACCCAAGCAUGCAGCUGCUCCUCUUUGGCCUCUUCUCCCUGUUCUACGCCUUCACCCUGCUGGGGAAUGGGCUCAUCCUGGGGCUCAUCUGCCUGGACAGCAGACUGCACACCCCCAUGUACUUCUUCCUCUCACACCUGGCCAUCAUGGACAUCGCCUAUGCCUGCAACACAGUGCCCCAGAUGCUGGUGAACCUGCUGAACCCAGCCAAGCCCAUCUCCUUUGCAGGCUGCAUGACUCAGACCUUUCUCUUUCUGACUUUUGCUAUCACGGAAUGUCUGCUCCUGGUGGUGAUGUCCUAUGACCGCUAUGUAGCCAUCUGCCACCCGCUCCGGUAUUCUGCCAUCAUGAGCUGGAGGGUCUGCAUCACCCUGGCAGUGACUUCCUGGACCAUUGGAUUUCUUCUGUCCCUCAUUCACCUAGUGUUACUUCUACCUUUACCCUUUUGUAUGUCCACGAAAGUCAAUCACUUUUUCUGUGAAAUUAUGGCUGUUCUUAAACUUGCCUGUGCAGAUACGCACAUUAAUGAGAACAUAGUCUUGGCUGGGGUAGGGUUUGUGUUGCUGGGCCCAUUCUCCAUGAUUGUAGUCUCAUAUUUGUGUAUCCUCUGUGCCAUCGUGAAGAUCCAGUCAGGAGAAGGUAAAAGAAAAGCCUUCUCCACCUGCUCCUCCCACCUCUGUGUGGUUGGACUCUUCUAUGGCACAGCCAUUAUCAUGUAUGUUGCACCCAGAUAUGGAAACCCCAAGGAGAAGAAAUAUCUCCUGCUGUUUCAUAGCCUUUUCAAUCCCAUGCUCAACCCCCUGAUCUAUAGUCUUAGGAACUCAGAAGUGAAGAAUACUUUAAAGAGAGUUUUGGAAUAG